AUGUCUGGCGUCGAGAGCGAGUCGCCGGAGACUGAGUCGAGUGCGCACCCCGAGUUGCAUCGGCGGAGCGCCUCAGUGGAAGCGGACCGGGAUGACGAGCAGCAAGACCACUCUGCCGAGCCCUCAAGUCACGGAGUGACAAUUACGAUCGAAGAUGCAGACGCCGAGACCGAUGCCGAUGCCCAAAGCGAGGAGACACAGGCGGAGGAUGGCUCUAAUGAUGCUGCCUCUCAAGAUGGCACUUCAGUGGUGACGGAGUCACAUCCAGACUCUGGUGACACUCCUAUACCCCACGAAGGAACAGGAGACACUUCUUGGAACACAACUCUCGAGCAUGGUUCGGCAGACGCUUCACAAGAUGGAUCAGCGGGCGAGCAGAUCCCGCCGAUUCAGCAGCACGAGGAGGGCAAUCCUACUGCACCGCCGAGUGAAGUUGCGCCUGAGACGCGUCCAACACGAUCCGAUUCACGGUCCACCACGUUAUCGCGUCCUUCGCCUGUAAGCUCCUCGGUCUUCGUCGUGAGUGCCUUGGAAACAAUUGCGGCGGCAAAGGAGGUCCGAAAGAACAAAGACUUCGCCGACGCUGUUCAAGCAGCUUUGUCAAAUAUCAAGAACACGGAGCAAGCAGUCAACCCUGAAAUAAUAUUUCGGCCAUUGCAGAUGGCUACCAAGUCAUUCAACGUUCCCCUGCAGGUGACGGCCUUGGAUUGCAUUGGAAAGCUCAUAAGUUAUUCAUACUUUGCUUUCCCAGUUGUUGCUACCAACCAAGCCGGGUCGGUAGACACGCCCCCUCUUAUCGAGCGGGCAAUCGAAGCGAUCUGCGAUUGCUUCGAAAACGAGGCUACCCCGGUCGAGAUUCAACAACAAAUAAUCAAGUCGUUACUGGCAGCUGUCCUAGAUGAUAAAAUCGUGGUGCAUGGUGCCGGCCUCCUCAAGGCAGUCCGCCAGAUCUACAAUAUUUUCAUCUAUUCCAAGUCAAGUCAGAAUCAGCAAGUCGCACAAGGUUCCCUUCUCCAGAUGGUUGCUACGGUGUUUGAACGGGUCAGAGUUCGGUUGGACUUGAAAGAGGCUCGCCUGAGGGAGCAUGCCGAGGUGAAGUCUGAUGAAGCUCUGUCAAGCGAGACUUCCAUGCUCGACCAUGGCGACCUGAACGGUCUGAACGGACAGGCAGAGACCCCAGACCAGGAAACUCCUCCCCAGAUCCUGGAGGGUGUGCAUAGGACGCAAGAAAAGUUGACUCUGCAAAGCUUCGAGAACAACAAGCAUCUGGACGACGCAGUUGUGGCGGACAGUGCACCGACGACCGUUACGCGGGCAAGAAGAAAUCGCAAGAAUACUCGCUCCUCUUCGGGGCCGGUAUCUCAAAAUAGUCUGCAUGAGGAUCAUGACGAGGCCGACCUGUCUGCUGAAGAUGAGGAUGAUAUCUACAUCAAAGACGCCUUCCUAGUGUUUCGCUCCUUAUGCAAGCUCAGUCAGAAAGUUCUGGCCCACGACCAGCAGGACCUCAGGAGCCAAAACAUGCGCUCAAAGCUACUUUCUCUCCACCUCAUUUACCAUGUCCUCAACAAUUAUACGACGGUAUUUACCUCUUCAUUCUCGGUGAUCAAGGGCGGCAACCAUGACGAAGGCACACCCUUUCUGCAGGUCGCAAAGCCACAUCUGUGUUUGAGCCUUUCACGCAACGCCGCCAGCUCAGUGCCACGUGUCUAUGAAGUGUGCUGCGAGAUUUUCUGGCUUUGUCUCAAACACUUGCGUGUACUAUUAAAGAAGGAACUGGAGGUCUUCUUGAAAGAGAUCUAUCUCGCCGUCUUGGAACGUCGGCGCGCUCCUCCUUUCCAGAAACAGAUGUUUCUGGAUGUGCUGGAGCGCCUGGCAGGGGAUCCUCGAGCUCUAGUUGAGGUCUAUCUCAACUAUGACUGCGAUCGGACUGCCCUGGACAAUAUGUAUCAAGAAAUCAUCGAGCAUCUUUCCCGGAUAUGCAGCACACCAGUCGUCGUCACCCCACAGCAGCAGCACCAGUAUCAAGAGCAACAGGCGAAGCAAGCGACGCAAACAGCAGAAUGGCAUUCGAAAGGUUCACUACUACCUGCACUAUCCACAACGAGUCUAAGCCACCCCAGUCCACCGCCACCUUCAAUCCCCCUUGAAUAUACUCUGAAGCAGCAGGCGCUGCGUUGUCUAGUAGAGAUCUUAAGCUCCCUGGACACCUGGUCAAGUCAUGAAGUGCCCAACCGGGUUAAUGGCUCUCGCUACCCUGCCUCAGGCGGCUCAUUUGAGGAAUCUCGAGAAUCGCUUGACGACAACGAAAAGCCUCCUCCGUCACCUCGAGUUCCUGGGCUUGGUAGUGAAUCAAGCUUCUCGACACCAGUGGCCGAAGACGAUCCCAACGAGAUCGAGAAGAUAAGAAAACGCAAGUCUGCUUUGAACGAGGCCAUCAGGUUAUUCAACUUCAAGCCUAAACGAGGCAUCAAGGCUCUCCUGGCUGAAGGCUUCAUUCGCAGCAAUAAUCCGCAGGACAUCGCUCGGUUCCUCUACGGGAACGAUCGACUUGAUAAGACGGCGCUGGGGGAGUACCUUGGCGAAGGUGAUGAGCAAAAUAUUGCCAUCAUGCAUGGGUUCGUCGACAUGAUGGAUUUCGGCAAACGACGGUUUGUUGACGCUUUACGGCAAUUUCUCCAGAGUUUUCGACUACCCGGUGAAGCGCAAAAAAUUGACCGCUUCAUGCUCAAAUUCGCGGAGCGUUACCUGACUGGCAAUCCGAAUGCUUUUGCCAACGCCGAUACUGCAUACAUACUCGCAUACUCUGUUAUCCUGCUGAACACCGAUCAGCACAGCACGAAGAUGAAAGGACCAAGAAUGACCGUCGAGGAUUUCAUCAAGAACAAUCAAGGAAUCAAUGAUGGCCAAGAUCUGCCGGCAGAAUACCUGACCAGCAUUUACGAGGACAUUGCAUCCAACGAGAUCGUCUUGACAUCGGAACGGGAGCACGCCGCCGAGUUGGGUAUAAUGGCAGCGACCCAUCCCGCCGGGUUGGCGUCCAGAGCUGGGCAGGUUUUCGCCAACGUUGGCAGAGACCUACAAAAGGAGAAGUACGCGCAGGUGUCCGAGGAAAUGGCGACUAAGACCGAGCAAUUGUACCGGAGUCUUAUCAGAGCUCAGAAACGUUCCGCAGUCCGCGAGGCUCUGUCGCGAUUUAUUCCCGCCACUUCCGUCAAGCAUGUCGGACCCAUGUUCAAUGUCACCUGGAUGUCUUUCCUAUCGGCCUUUUCCAGCCAAAUGCAAGAUGCCCAAAAUCUAGAACUCAUCAGCCAGUGCUUGGACGGAUUCAGGUUGGCAAUUAGAAUUUCCUGCCGAUUUGACCUGGAGACCCCUCGCGUUGCGUUUGUGACGGCUUUGGCGAAAUUCACCAACCUGGGCAAUCUCAAGGAGAUGAUGGCCAAAAACCUAGAAGCGCUGAAAGUGCUCAUCGAGGUGGCCCUGACUGAAGGCGAUGGUCUAAAGGGUUCGUGGCGAGAGGUGCUGAUGUGCAUCAGCCAACUCGACCGAUUGCAGCUGCUAUCGACUGGGAUCGAUGAAGGGGCAAUUCCCGACGUCACCAGGGCGAAUAUACCUACGCCUUCCAAUCUCAAAGAGGGCAGUCGAAGUCGACGGUCGAUGCAGGCGGUCAAGCGUCCUAGACCCCGGUCUGCACACAGCUUUCGACCAGAAGUUGCGGACGAGACAAAAUCUACGGACAUGAUACGCGGAGUCGACCGCAUCUUCACCAACACUUCCAAACUAUCCUCCGAAGCAAUCGUCGACUUUGUGCGGGCCUUGAGCGAGGUGAGCUGGCAAGAGAUCCAAUCGUCGGGCAGCAGUGAUUCUCCACGGACUUACAGCCUUCAAAAACUCGUGGAAAUCAGCUACUACAACAUGACCAGGGUGAGAAUAGAGUGGACGCGCAUCUGGGAAGUACUCGGCGAGCAUUUCAAUCAAGUUGGCUGUCACAACAACACGGCAGUAGUUUUCUUUGCUCUCGACUCACUGCGUCAGCUAUCAAUGCGCUUUCUGGCAAUCGAGGAGCUGCCGGGUUUCAAAUUCCAGAAAGACUUUCUGAAGCCCUUCGAGCAUGUCAUGGCCAACAGCAACGUCGUGGCCGUGAAGGACAUGGUCUUGCGAUGUUUGAUUCAGAUGAUCCAAGCCCGCGGAGACAAUAUCAGAUCUGGGUGGAAGACGAUGUUUGGCGUCUUCUCUGUGGCCGCCAGGGAACAAUACGAGUCUAUUGUCAAUAUUGCUUUUGAUUACACCACCCAGAUCUACAACACUCGAUUCGGCGUCGUGAUCUCCCAGGGCUCCUUCCCAGACCUGGUCAUUUGCCUCACCGAGUUCUCCAAGAACCUCAAAUUCCAGAAGAAAUCACUGCAGGCGAUUGAGCUGCUCAAGUCCACAGUACCCAAGAUGCUGAAGACCCCCGAAUGUCCUCUUUCAAGACGGCAUGGCAAAACUGUGGCGUCCGAAGAUUCCGGCAUCGUUGCGGGAAUCAAACAACCGACCUCUCAGACCGAAGAAGAACAGUUCUGGUACCCCGUCCUGAUAGCUUACCAGGAUGUCCUGAUGACGGGGGAAGACUUAGAAGUGCGUUCCAGAGCUCUCAACUACCUGUUCGAGACCUUGAUCAAAUACGGCGGCGACUUUCCCAUUGAUUUCUGGGAUGUCCUCUGGCGCCAGCUCCUCUACCCGAUCUUUGUUGUCCUCCAAUCCAAGUCGGAAAUGUCCAAGGCUCCCAACCACGAGGAAUUGUCCGUCUGGCUGUCAACGACAAUGAUCCAGGCCCUUCGAAACAUGAUCACCCUGUUCACGCAUUACUUCGAGUCAUUGGAGCACAUGCUCGACCGUUUCUUGGAUCUGCUCACAUUGUGCAUUUGUCAAGAAAACGACACGAUAGCUCGCAUAGGAAGCAACUGUCUCCAGCAACUCAUCCUCCAAAAUGUCACCAAGUUCACGCCCGAGCACUGGUCUAGGAUCGUGACCGCAUUUGUCGAACUUUUCAACCGGACGACUGCAUACGAGCUAUUCUCUGCUGCCGCAACCAUGUCCGAUGCUCGCCCAACGCCGGCCCACGACGGAUCUGACAGCCUCUCAAUCUCUGGGACCACGAUUGCGGAAACCCCAGCAACUAAUGGCGGCCCAGGUGAUGCAUACGGUGCUACUUCUCCUCCAGAGUCUCACACGGACCCGAUCGCUGCCACUCCUGAAGUUUCUCAAUCCCAAAAAACGGAAGAGCUCGAAGACUACCGUCCUCAUUCGGAGAUGCAGACGACUGCCCCCGUAGUGACGGCGGCGCGGCGUCGAUUCUUCAACAAGAUCAUCACCAACUGCGUCCUGCAACUCCUGAUGAUCGAGACUGUGGCCGAGCUCUUCUCUAACGACUCGGUCUAUGCGCAGAUCCCUUCGGCUGAGCUUCUCCGUCUGAUGGCGCUCUUGAAGAAAUCCUACCAAUUUGCCAAGAAGUUCAAUGGUGACAAGGAUCUCAGGAUGGCCUUGUGGAGGCAAGGAUUCAUGCGGCAGCCGCCGAACCUGCUGAAGCAAGAGUCCGGGUCGGCCAAUACAUAUGUCAGCAUUCUACUGCGCAUGUAUCACGAUGAAGGGGAAGAGCGAAGAUCAAGCAGAGACCAGACUGAGGGAGCUCUGAUUCCACUAUGCGCCGACAUAAUCGGGUCCUUCAUCCUCCUGGACGAGGAGACGCAACAACGCAACAUUGUGGCCUGGCGACCCGUCGUCAUCGACGUCCUCGAGGGCUACACCAACUUUCCUAAGGACGGCUUCGACAAGCACAUUGACAUCUUCUACCCUCUGGCCGUGGGCCUGCUGGAGAAGGAAGUCAACACCGACCUACGCUCUGCCCUGUGGGGAUUGUUCCGCCGUGUGGGCGAGGUCAAAUUCAACAUGCCCGAGUUUGUUCUUUUGCGUGGCCGAGAGGACAGCGUGAGUUCGACAAGGAACGGCAGCGUCGGCGGUGCUACGCCCACAAGCCCUGGCCUGUCGAGUCGCGGGUAUGAGCGGGCAGCCAGCAGCAGGAGGAGCAGCCGAGUGAGCAGGACCGGCGCGGUGUAG